AUGCUCAAGUCUACUUAUACAGCGCCGCCUCCGUUACCACCGGGCUGGACGGAGCAUAGAGCGCCUUCAGGGCACCUGUAUUACUACAAUGCAGAAACGAAGCAGUCUACCUAUACGAGACCCCAAGCGCCCGCGCCUCUGCCUCCAAGGCCUGCGCAGACUCCUUUACACUACACGCCCGACACGCUUCCUCCCUUCUCGACGACACCAUACGGACCGCCAGGAGACUCUUUCCGGUCAGCUCAUCAAGGCUAUGGGCGUGGUGAUUUCCGUGGCGGGAAGAGUUAUCAGGAGCGCAGACAUCGCGAACCCGCGGACCGACCCAAGUCAAAACACCCGAUACCUGGCUGCGCGCCGUGGGUUCUGGUGAAGACGAAGCUUGGGAGGAGAUUCGUGCAUAAUCCCUCAACGAACGAGAGCUUCUGGAAAUUCCCCUCUGAAGUGCUGAAGGGUGUGGUUGAAUACGAUCGCGUGGAGAGAGAGAAGAAGGAAAGACAGGAACGUGGGGAGGUUGAGGAGGAAGGUGAAGAAAAGGCCGCAGAUGAACCUGCAGGUCGUGUGCCGUUGGAAAAACCAAAGCCAACACACCCAUCUGAAGUCCCUGCGAUCGGUGACGGGGAAGACAGUGAUGAAUACGAAGAGGUCGAGGUUACUGAUGACGACGACGCAGAGGAAGAGGACGGACAAGCGACAAAGCGAUUGAGGACCGACGAAGACGACGCAGAUCAACCGCCGCAGCAUGUCGAUUUCACCGAGGAGGACAUCGAGUACCAACUGGCGAACAUGGGCGAGGAGUACGGGCUUGAUCCAGGCGAAUAUGGAGAACCAGGUGAAGAAGGCUGGGAGGAAGGCGCAGAAGGGCUGCCAUUGACAGAAGAAGAUGCAGCGGCUCUGUUCCGUGAUCUUCUCGAUGAUUUCCACAUCAGCCCCUACACAACCUGGGAGAAGAUCGUCGAGGAGGGCCAUAUAAUAGAGGACAGCAGAUACACAGUACUGCCUAACAUGAAAGCUCGCCGCGAGGCAUUCUCCAACUGGAGCCGUGAUCGCGUGAAGCAGCACAAGGAACGAAAGGAAAGAGAAGAAACCAAAGACCCUCGCAUUCGAUAUAUCGGUUUCCUCCAGGAACACGCGACGCCGAAGCUUUAUUGGCCGGAAUUCAAACGCAAGUACCGCAGGGAACCGGAGAUGAAAGACACCAAACUAUCAGACAAGGACCGUGAAAAGUUCUAUCGCGACCAUAUCUCCCGUCUCAAGCUUCCGGAGAGCACUAGAAAAUCCGAUCUUUCUGCCUUGCUCAAGUCUAUUCCGCUACAGUCCUUGAAUCGUUCCUCUGAUCUGGCCGCUCUGCCGCCAGCUAUCCUCACCGAUCUUCGGUACAUCUCUCUCGCGCCCAAGACUCGCGACCCGCUGAUUGAGGCCUACAUUUCCACCUUACCAGCCGCACCAGAGCAGGAUGACAUGACAGCCGAAGAGCAGGAGGCUGUUGUACAGAAGCGAGCCGAGCGAGAACGGCGCGAACGUGCCCUUGUAGAUCGAGAGAAGCGGGUAGAAGAGGAAAAACGCCGGCGAAAAGGCGACCUUUUGCGCGGCAAGCAUCUCCUGAAAGAGGGCGAGGCCGAAAUUGAGGAAGCCAUGAGAGUUCGAAAUGAUGGUCUCCGGAGCUACAUGGAGAUCGACGCACAAAUCAAGGAUUGA